GAUUACAAAAAUAAAUAAUGAGUAAUUAUUAUGAUAAUUCAAUGCAUCUUCCUUCCGGUGGAUGUGAGUAAUAUUUUAAAAUGCGAAUUUGCAUGUUCAUAUCAUCUAAUCUCCCAUCUUCUUACAGCUCUGUAACUUGUCUGCCUCUUCUGUUUCCAUCUCAACGUGUCCAUGUGGUCUUACCUCAGUUUUUUUUUUUUUUUGUAUAUAUUAUCCUCAUCAUUACUUUCUGAAUCUUCACCCCUCUCUCUCUCUCUCUAUCAAAGUCCACUUGAUUUGUCUUUCACUUCAUAACUACACAUUUGUACGAUCAUGGUAGUAGCGGAAACGGCGGAGGCUACGAUGGUUUUCACGACGGAAGGACCUCGCAUUUCCUUCUCCGCCGAUCUGUCAUCAUCAGACAGCGAGGGAGACUACAUCUGCAUCAACCCUGAGAAUCUCCUAAGGGGAAAAGAAGAACAAGUGAAAGCUGGAGACUUUGAGUUUCUGUCGAACACACAAACGAUGCUCACCGCCGCAGACGAGCUGUUCUCCGAAGGAAAGCUGCUUCCUUUCUGGCAAGCCAAACACUCGGAGAAGCUUCAAAACGUUACCUUGAAAACAAAAGUCGUCGACGUAGACGAAGUAGAAGUAGUAGAAGAAGAAGAAGAAGAAGAAGAAGAUCGUAGAGUUAAGAAAGAGGAGACUGUUCACAACAGCACCAAGGAGCAGGAGAAUAAUAACAGAGGAAGCUGGUUUCUUGACGACGACCCUUCUCCUCGUCCACCGAACUGCACUGUUCUGUGGAAAGAGCUUUUGCGGUUGAAGAAACAGAGGAACACCAAGACGACGAAUACGACUACAAAGGCUUCGUCAACGAAGGCAUCGUCUCUCUCUCCGUCUUCAUCUUCGAGCUCGACUUCGUCUUCUUCGAGUUCUAUUGGAGAUGCGGUGAAGGAGGAGAGCGAGAAGAAAGGUAAGAAAGGGUUAGAGAGGACGAGAUCCGUGACUAUGAGGAUAAGACCGAUGAUUCAUGUUCCUGUUUGUACUCCCACUAAGCCUCCUCUGUUUCCUCUAAGGCUACACAAAAACAGAGUAGAGAAACGAACUUGAUGAAUGAUGAAUGAUGAUGAACAUUGUUUUAUGUAUUUGUCUUUGUAUUAUCAACCCUUCUUUUGGUUAGUUUUUUUGUGAAUUAGGAUGUGUUGUGUUUUUUGUUGAGCUUUUGUGAUUGAGAUCUGUGGUGUGACAGUGUAUAAAUGUGAAGACAUUUUCAUACCCGAACACAAAUAAGAGAUUCAUCAUUGAAUA